GCCUUUAUUUCCUGACGGGAAGACGAUGAGGUUUGCAAGAUCAUGGCAACGUUUAUGGAGCGAUUAGCGUUUCUUCAGAAAGUGCCAACUCUGAUGAAAGCGACAGCAGAUGAUGAAAUUCCCUGCCCUGGAUACCUUUUCCAAGAGAUCGGAAAAAUCUCCCACGAGUCUUCAGGUUGUGGUCAGUGUUUGCUGGAGUACCUUCUGGAGAGGUUGCAGGUGGAAUCCUGUCACGUCAAAUUUAAGGUGCUGAAGAUUUUUGUCCACCUCUGUGGCCACGGCUCAAACCAUUUCCUCACAGAACUCAGGAGAAACUCGACCUUCAUCCAGCAAGCGUCAGUUUACAGCGGCCCGCCUGAUCCAGUUCACGGCACGGCGUUGUACCAGAAAGUCAGAGUGACUGCACAGGAAGUUGCCAGGCUGCUUUUCACAGAUACAAUUUCCAGCAAUGGAGGUGGCUCCGCCUUCAUUCCAGCCGCCAUGACAAUGGGUAUGGGGUCAGUAGCUGUCCACAGGUCCAGCAUGCAGGGUUUUGGCUGCAGUCCUGGCAAACACGCGACAGCAGGCAGCGCCUCACUGCUGGAUAAGAUCCAGAAGGCCGCAGAGGUUGUAGCCAGCGCCGUCCUGCCACCGACCGAGCAGCAGGGCAUCCGUCUCCAUGACAACCAUUACCGGGCUGUGGUGGCGCCCUCUGCGCCCAUAGAGGUGGCAGUGCCAGCGUGCGCCUACAACAUGCCCGCUGGCAGACCACAAGCGGUGACCCGGUGGCGUCCAGGUCAGGUGGGAGGCGGCUGGGAAGAGACAGACAGUGGCAACAGCUCAUCUCACAAUUCGUCUCAGGACAUCGGCGCUGACGGCAGGGUGUCUGUGGACAGCAAGUCAGUCAGCACGGGGAGUCAAUCAGGAGCCAGUAGAGAGAGCAGCGGAGACUUAUCAGACCGGGUGGAAGCCUUGCAUUUGGGGGACUGUGGCCAGGAGAUGGCGCUCAUCAGCAGAUUGAUGGACGGCUUCAGAGUUUUUCUUUCCAGAGAAGAGAUCCAACACUUCAUCAAAGAGUGCUGCAUUCUGAACUGUGAAGUUGUGCUGGAUUUGCUCUCAGGCAAACUUCAGGAUCCUUCGAAUACAGUGAAGAUGCGGGCUCUGUGUGCCGUCUCUUGCCUCAUGACUUCUGACCUCCUGUCUCUGGAGCAGAUGUUUGGAGCUACACAAGCACGGCUUCAGCAGCUGAGCGACGGCCCUCCAGGAUCCGUGACCAACAAAGCCACCAAGAUUUUGCGGCAGUUUGAGGCCCUGAUGGGUGGAACUGGACAUGCUGGCAAACAGGAUCCAGAUCAGCUGUCCACAUCGUUGUACUCUAACCAUUUACAUCCGACACAUAACUUCACAGUGACUUCACCUUCUAGUUCAAGUGUGACCUCCGGGGAGUCGGACAUUCCAGCUCAGCCGGAGCCUGUCAGAGGGGCUGCUGAAGAUCCAGAUCUUCUCAGUGAUAAGGACUGUCCGCCUCCCUCUCUGUCACUGUUCACCGGCAUGGAGCUGGUGACCAAAGCGAGGCCUCCGAGUGAAAGAAAACUGUCCAGCACAGAGACAGACGAAAGCUUGAGAUGUACAAAAGAGAACCAGGUGCUUAAAUCUGAUGGCCAAACAGCGUCAGCUUUUUCAUUUCUCAACUUUUGACCAUAAAGCUACUCGAACUGACUGUAGUUACACAAGUGUCAUCAAAGGGUUCUUGUCAGGAAUCUGGUCCACCUCAUGUUAUGAACCAGGAUCAGGUCUACAAGGAGGAUUGAGACGCUUUCUCCACUAAUUAGAUUUUCCCUUAUAUUUGUGUGUGUGUGUUUCAUGGGAUACAUGACUCCAAAGGAGUAUGAGUCAGCACAGUUGGUAUCAAAAACUGUUAAAUGGCACUACAGAUGUAUCAGUGCCAUCUAGGGGUAAGGAUUCAGAUUGCAACCCAUCCACUACCCUGUAAUUUAGUUAUCUAAAAGGUUGCGGGUUGAAUUACAGGAGAAAAUGGAUGUUUACUUAUGCUGCUUGUUUGUGCGUGCUCCUGUGCGGAGCUAGUGAGACUCGUGGAGCUAACAGCAUGGACUUUUGCUACUCCUCCAUCCUAUUUUAUUGUAUCAUUCAUUAAUGGAUGUUAGGAUUAGUGCCGUUUUGUCCACUAACCGUCUACUGAGCCUCUGUGAGAGCAACACUGGCUCGCCUGCUAAUCCUGAUGUCUAUAUUCACUGUCUGGUUCAGUUUUGUCUUCGGCACACAAGUGCAUGCUGGGUAAGGGAUUGCAGUUUGAAACCUCAACACUAGGUGGCAUCAAAACCUCUAUUGUUCCACUUUAAGAAAGCUGCCUUUGUUAGCAUAAGUGUGUAAUUGAUGAAUAUUUAAUGAGGCCGGUUGUUACCUUUUUAUUGUCAGCAGUUACUUACCUCAGGAUUUUUUAAGGCCCCUGCAGCACGUUCUGAACCCUUGGGGGGGGAUAAAUCCCUGUUUGUACUUUGCACUACAGCAACUCAAAUCUAUAAUUUAUAGUCUUCCAAUAUUUAUGGAGCCAAUCCAUUAUGGCAGUGUAAAUGAUAAAUACUUUUGUGCUGUUGCAGCAUAUUUAUAAGACAGCUGCAGAGUGCAUGUGUGUGUCCGCGCCAUUUAAAUCUGUUAAUAUUUAAGUCAUGGAGGAUAUUAAUAAUAGGGAUGUUCUGUGUGUAUAACCAUGUUUAACCGAUCCAUGGUUAAAAAAAAUCUGGCAAAUUAUCUUCAACUUGACAGUUGUUUAUGGGUGCGAAUAAAAACAGAUUUCCUUCAGUGUCACUUAAGUCUUUUUUUUUAGAUUCAUUCAGCAUAACAGCCCAGUGGAACAGAUACAAUAUCACUUCAAUUAUUUAAAAUGGUAACCUUACAGUAAUUGCAUUUUGUCUUAAACUGACAAGUAGUUUACCCUUAACAAAUUUAGGAAAAUUUUGAAAAUGACCAAAGUGUAACUAAAAUGAGUAAAAGUGCACAAAUCCUUUAAAUGAAUACAAUAUAAUGUAUGAAUCAUCAAUUUACAGCCAUUUUUGGGACAAGUUGGGAUUGGAUACAAGAACAUUUCCAAGUCACUGAAAAUAGACAAUUUAAAAUCAGCUACAGUACAGGAAGUUUGUUUACAGCAGGCUCACAAAAAAGUGGUUACAUUGUCUCAUGGCACGGAAGGGUCUGAUCUGUUCUCUGAGACACAGAUUAAAGUUACUGUAUGUUCGUUUAAAAACAUAAGUCAUGGCAAACAAAGGAGACUACUGAGGGAAGCUUUCAAGACAUGACAACUGUGGAGGAGUUACAAACUGCUGGCUGUGACUGAAAAAUAAGGAAACCUCUGUUGCUUCUCCAGCAACAGUUUCACAAAGGAUGUUUAUAAAAAAAUAAAUCAAUCUAGGCUCAAGUCUGUCUUCUGGCAAACUGCAUCUGUAAUUUCACAUUUUUUCAACAAAGUCCUGUUUUCUGCCAGGAGUUGUAAAAGUAGCCUGAUGUCCAAGUGUCUCUAAUCACAUCCACAGAAUCGUUGAAUCUUCACUGGGCGCUUGAAAGUUUCCCUCACUAGUCUUCCUUGUUUAUCACAGUUUUUGGGCCACUCGACAAUAUUAGCGUCAUGUUUUUAUUCAUUACACAUUUUUUUUCCUUGUAUGGCCAUUUGAGAACUGAUUCAGGGUCAUUUUGGGGUGCUGAAUCCAAAUCUGAGCUCAGAUUUCAUCUAUCACAUUGCGUUUUUGCAAUCUAUGCACCAUAUUGAUGGAUUAUGCAAAAGUUGCUCAUUCACUCAGGAGUUCGACGCCGCUCAUCAUGCACAGAAGCAUAGUUUUUAAAUCAGGUUCUAGAAAUGUGAACAAGGCCAAUAAUAUUGCUUAAGGUGACGAGGUGUGUGAGACUGCAGCUUUUGCUUCAAUGCUUGAUACAAGAAAUGUUUUCACAUCUCAGAAAUGUGAUGCGAUUGGCAAAAACGAACAUCAGAUUCAGAUUCUGCGCCCCCAAAUUACCCAAAAUCAGUUGGAAAACUCCAUGCAAGAAAAAAAAAAAAGUUGACCAGAAUAAUCUGACUUAAAGUGAGUGUGCAGGAUUUGGUUCCAUCUAGUGGAGGGUUUGCUGAUUACAUUACAUCUUUCACAACUGUUUAUGUUAAAGGGCUCAUUUUAAGCUGAAGAAAACUUUAUUGCUGUGCAUAAUUAUGAACAGAUCGUAAUGUUACAUCCUAACUAAUAAAAACCUCUAAAUUCUGCACUGUAGCUUUCAAGGAAUUCGUACGUAUUCAGUGACUUGGAAAUGUGUCAAGCUACUGACUUGCAUAAAGAAAACCAGCUGUACAAGUGACAGUUUACAAAAGCUGCACUAUAUUUUGUCACAUCACAUUUCUGGGCCUGUUCUUUCAAUUAACAUUUUCUAAACCAUUUGGUCAACAUAAUGCAGUUAUUGGGGCAAUAAAAAUUUGAAGCUCAACAUUUUCAGCGAUCCUGCACACUAUACGGUUGAUAAAUAAAUAGAAUUCAUGUGUUCAUUUCAAGUUCAUCUACUAAGGGAAAUCUUUUACAGGCUAUAGUUUUGCUUGGAUAUUUCCUGGAGCUGUUGACGUGUUGCAGACAUGUUGGUCAUGUUAACCGGUCUUUAGCCCGUUUAGAAAGUCACUUAGAUUUUCCUGAUCCGUGCCAUGCGGUUGGAAACACUGUGCUGACGUCGGCGCGCCUUCACAGCUGUGUAAUUAAGGCUUGACGUCAGCGGGUUGUUUGUAGAGGCACCUGAACCUGUUGACCUCACCACACCCAGACGUUAGGGCUUUAUUUAGAUCGUGAAACCACACCAGAUUUAUUCAUAAAAAACAGGAGACCGAAAAGAAUCAGUUUAGCCGGAAACGCACACGAGCAGAGAGAUGAAGUAGAUUUCAAAGCACAGCAUCUUGUUUCACAUAAGUGACACAUGGAAACAUUUGGCUCAGACUUCUUGUUCUGCCAACACCACAUGAAACAUUUCCCACCUCACAGCAUUCAAAAAACUGACUUAUUUGUUCAAACGCCUCCGUCGCUAAAGCUCACGUUCAGCACAGAAAUAAAAAAAAAAAAAGUCUGAAAGCUCACUGGAGCUGCUGCAUGCGGUUUGACUUAAUCUUUGUCAAGUAUUUCACUUCCUUUGUGAAACAAAGUGAGACCACACCCUCUUUGCAAAGAAACGCCGCCAACUUCCUGCAGAGGAAACAGAACGACGAGUGGAUGCUGGAUAAAGUGCGUCACUUUAUUUCGGUUUGCAAGCACUUUGGAUCAUCAUCAUGCUUUUCUUGUGAUUAGCACCAAUGAAGAUGUCCACACAUCAACGCACGCAUGUAAAAGAGAAUGAUACCUCUUUAUAAAGUGCACGGGGUGCGUACAAACAGACACUAACACAUCAGUACUGCACAGAGAAA